UCAGGCGGUCACACAGGAGGAGAGCGGGUCAGCUGUGUUUGGGUCCUAAAUGUAAAAACAGUGGAGAUGGCGGCGGCGGCGGGUGUGAGAUGGACUCUGCUGCGGCUCUUUAGGCCUCAGUGGACUGUUCCUCCCGGCAGGUUUUCAGUGAAUGACAGAAUUCAGUGCUAUUCUUCAUGGUUAUCCCAAAAGAACAGAACACAACUACAUCAGUCUGUGUACAAACUAGUUAGAGUUCGAUAUCUGUCAAUUUUGACACAAGAUACACCAAACCCCAGGAGUCUAAAAUUUAUCCCCGGGAAGCCUGUACUCGGGACAGGAACUCUAGAUUUCCCAACGUCAAGUGCUGCAGACUGUUCCUCUCUAGCAAGGAAUCUGUUUGAGGUUGAAGGGGUGAAAAGUGUGUUUUUAGGCCCAGAUUUUAUCACACUGACCAAGACAGAUGAUGACGUGGAGUGGGCAGACAUUAAACGCAAUGCAGUUGAGGUCAUCACUACGUUUUUUGAGAGUGGAGAACCUGUCACCACAGGUGUAACACAUCCUGAGAACAGUGUUUCAGAAGAGGAUGAUGAUAUCGUCUCCAUGAUUAAGGAGCUUUUAGACACUCGAAUCAGGCCCACUGUACAGGAGGAUGGAGGUGAUGUCAUCUUUAAGGGCUUUGCAGAUGGUACUGUGAAGUUGAAGCUGGUUGGCUCUUGCACGGGAUGUCCCAGUUCAACAGUUACUUUGAAAAACGGUAUUCAGAACAUGCUGCAAUUCUACAUACCAGAGGUGGACGAUGUGGAACAAGUGGAAGAUGAAGUGGAUGAAAUCAACAUGAAAGUGUUUUCAGAACUGGAGCAGAAAUUGAAAGACUCCUAGCACAUACUUUACUGUUUCCACAUCAUCAUUAAGCAGAAGAAUAAAAUAUACAUUGAUAAUUUCAUGUGCGGCUUAAAAUAUACUUUGAGUGUGCUAGAUCAUGACCUCAUUUCAGCCAGUUGCGAAUGUAUUCAAGCCUUUAGAAAUUGAGAUUGAGUUUGUUUUUGUUUUACAAUGUUUUAACCAUCUUUUAUCUGGUCCACCUUUUCAGGUCAAGCAAGGCCGGACUGUAAGAACAGAGAGCUGAUGACAUUACUUUUAGACAUGCUAAUCAGUCAUUGUGAUCUUUACCAUUUUUCAUGCUUAUUUCACACUUUCCUUUGCUAUAAAUAAGAAAAUAUGGCCUUUAAUACAGGCAUUACCCUAUAUUUGGUUAUUCCUGAAGCUCAUUUUAGACUUGUGAAAAAUAGUCUUUUUGUCAGCAAAGACAUGCUCUUGGUGUAAACUACUGAGACUGUAGAUAGACUGGCCUUUAUAAGGAUAUUUUUGAAGUCUUUAAUUUGAUAUGAUUCUGCUAUCAUUUUGCAUCUUUAAUAUUAAUUCUGUCUAUUUACAUUAACCAAAAUAUUGAAUGAUGGUUAACAGUGAAUAUAGUUGUACAGUAAGUCUGAAAACCUUUGCCACUGGCUAUGUCAUGAUUCUAAUGUCAUGUUUUAGUGCCAUUAGCAGCUUUUUGUCUAUGUCAGUCAAAAACCGUGCAUCUCCAUUUUUGCCAGUUGUCAUUGUUGGUUGUUGUUUCAUGUCAGCAUGUCUUGAUUACCGUAUUUUUCGCAUUGUAAGGCGCACUAUCAAUGAACAUCUAUUUUCAGCUGCGAGUGUUCUGGUAAGCCAGGGCAAUAUUAGCUAGUGGUUCGUCCCAUGUAGCUUGUUUUAACACGGUUGAAAUUUUGGAGAUGCACGGUUUUUUUUGUGAGGUGACAGUUUCUAUAGUACACUGAGUAACACAAGUUAGGUGUAGCUUAAAGUAUGUUGCACAGUAUUCAUAAUUUAUCUUUAUAUGGCUUCUACAACCUAGCAGCAAUAUUAAAAAGUAAGCUUUACCAUCUCCAGGAAGUCAAUAUUUAUUGUGGCAUGAAUUCAUAAGAUUAAAAUUGCUACAGUUUGGACAUUUGUAUUGCACAUGGCAAGCUGACAUAAAUUUUUGACAUAUCGAGACCACGUGACAUUUUGUGUCCAAGAUAGUGACAAUUGCACAAAUUAAAAUGACAUUCUUGCUGCUGUAAUGGACUGUAUAUUCAAGUAUAAUUUCAUGUACAUUUCAUCAUGGAUUUGUUUGACUCAAUGAUUUGAAUAUUUACAGACAUGGUGAAAAACAAACGGUUAUGUAACAGUAUUCAGUACUGUGAUUGGCUUGCAGAAUAUGUAUGCAGUUGUUAACUAUGAAAUUCUUUCUGUUCAGAAGCAGUGUGUAUUUCAACUGUUUAACUAAUAUUAAAUAGAUUCUAAGAACUA